AUGCGCGUGACCAGUGUACCGCUCGGGCUCCCGACUACGGCGAAACCCCUCUUUCGGUCGUCGACUGCCCGUUCUGCGAGAAUCAUCACAAACACCAGCACACCCCGGCGCACACAAUGUACAUCGGCUUGCGGACAUAGGAACGUCAACCAGUCGCGCGCUUUGGCACAUGCUGCUCGGCCUGCUGCCCGCAUCAUCCUCCCUGCGACAUUUACCGCUGGCCAAAGGAGGAGAGCAACAACUGCUACCGCCGCAACCGCUGUUCACAAUGCAAACCCAGAAAACCUUGGCCCCAUCCAAGAAUACGACCGCCGAGUCGCCAAUGGGGAGCUACGAAAUGACGACCAUCAAAGAGGAAUUAUCCAGAAUCUCCAGCAUCUCCACGAAGAACUCCGGAAUUACGCGGCACCUCCCGUCGUCCGCCCGACCCUCGAAUCUCUAAAACCGCAAAAGUCUCUUUUCUCCUUCUUCGGCGGCAAGUCCAAGAGUGCCAUUGCCGAAAUCCCUGCCAACCUUCCCCGGGGGCUCUACCUCUAUGGCGAUGUUGGCUGCGGCAAGACCAUGCUCAUGGAUCUCUUUUACGACACAUUACCCCAUAACAUCAAGUCGAAGACGAGGAUACACUUCCACAACUUUAUGCAGGAUGUCCACAAGCGCCUCCACAAGAUCAAGAUGCAAUACGGCAACGAUGUCGACGCCGUUCCCUUUGUUGCAGCCGACAUUGCCCAACAGGGAAGCGUUCUCUGUUUCGACGAGUUUCAAUGUACCGACGUCGCCGACGCCAUGAUCCUUCGCCGCCUCCUCGAGGCUCUCAUGUCCCACGGCGUUGUGCUUGUCACGACCUCCAACCGACACCCCGACGAGCUGUACAUAAACGGUGUCCAGCGCGAGUCCUUCAUCCCCGCUAUUGAACUGCUCAAGAACCGGCUGCACGUCAUCAACCUGAACUCCAACACCGAUUACCGCAAGAUCCCCCGUCCUCCUUCCGGUGUCUACCACACUGCGCUCGACGCCCACGCAGCCUCCCACGCCGAGAAGUGGUUCCGCUUUUUGGGCGAUCCCGAAAAUCCCGAGCCGCACCCCGAGGUGCAAACUGUCUGGGGCCGCGAGAUCCACGUCCCUCGUGUCAGCGGCCGUUGCGCCUGGUUCACCUUUGACGAGCUGAUCGGCCAACCGACAGGUGCUGCCGACUACAUUGAGCUGAUGCGCUCGUACGACGCCUUCAUUGUCACCGACAUCCCUGGUAUGACCUACCGUCAGCGCGACCUGGCCCGCCGCUUCAUCACCUUCAUCGACGCCGUAUACGAGUCGCACGCCAAACUUGUCUUGACGGCAGCCGUGCCCUUGACAGAAUUGUUCGUUUCCCGACAGGAGAUUGAGGAGUCACUCAAGAAGCAGGGCAAGGCUUUGGACCAGACGCAUUCUGUUGCGGAUGUGAUGAGUCACAUGAUGGAUGAUCUCGACCAGAAUGCCGACAAGCUCUCCAAGUCUAACCUGUUCAGCGGCGACGAGGAAGCCUUUGCGUUCGCGCGUGCGCUGUCGCGCUUAACUGAAAUGGGCAGCAAGAUGUGGGUUGAGCGUGGUAUGGGUCUGGAGGACAAGGGUGGUAAAUCUGAGCAUGAUAGCUGGACGAAGACGAGGAGUAGGCAGAUGGAAGACAGCAUGUGAGAUAACAAGGAAAAGGAAGUGAUGCGGUUGCUUGGUUAACAGAAUCGAUACCCCGAAAGACAGAGCGAACGUCGCUCCACUUACAUUACCCACGCGGCUCGUCUGCAAAAGACGUGAGCCUGGAAAAAGCAUGCAUU